ACUCCUGUCAAUGAGUGUUAGCCUGAAAACGGCUUUGCCAGUGGAGCGGGAGACAUUUGCACAGCUGACCAGCAUGCGCUGGGCGCAGUGAUGCAGUGAUUCCGGACAUCUCGGAGGUUACACACUGGCGCGCCGGGGUGUGCACAGUGACAUCGCAUCUGCGCGCGGUCACCGCCUCAUCCAAAGGGAAGAGCAGAAGGACGAGCGAUGAUACUUAUGGCUGAUACCCCGCGUCCUCAAUAGGGGUAACACGCCUCCACAGCGAUCACCCUGUCCUAACACACCCCCGCACCGAACAUGUCAGCUACCUCUCCAGAGACGACCGGAAAGAUACCAUUCACCUUUCAAGGCGAGACCUACUCGACCUGGUACAAGGUCGUCGGCGACCUUAAGUCUGGCGGCCGCCCGCUCGUCACUCUCCAUGGCGGGCCCGGCUUCUCGCACCACUACAUGCUCCCGCACGCGCAGUUCGUGUCCCGGCUCAACAUUCCUGUCGUGUUCUACGACCAGAUCGGCAUCGGGGAGUCAUCGCACCCAGAGAAGGGGAAGGGGGAGGAGAAGAAGAGCUUCUGGACGAUGGAGGUUUUCAUGGACGAACUCGACAAUCUCCUGAAAUACCUCGGCAUCGAGGGCGACUUCGACCUGUUGGGGCAUAGCUGGGGCGCCUUCCUGGCGGUGCACUACGCGAGCAACCGCGUCCCAAAGGGGCUCAAGCGCCUCAUCCUCGCGGACGGGACGUGCUCGAUGCAGUUGUGGACCAAAGGGACGGACGCGCUGAGGUUAAGGCUGCCGGAGGACGUGCAGAAGGUGCUCAAGGAGCAUGAGGAGAAAGGUACGACGGAUAGUAAGGAGUACCACGACGCGAUGGAGGUCUGGUUCGCGAAGCACAUCUGCACGGCGAACCCAUUGCCGGAGCUGCUUGCGAAGAGCUUUGGGGCGAUGGGGGAGGACCCGACGGUUUACAGCGCAAUGAUCGGCGCGUCGGAGGUCUGCUGCACCGGCACUCUCAAGACGUGGUCCUGCAUCGACCAAUUGCACAACAUCAGCGCGCCGACACUCCUCCUGAACGCGCCGGAAAGUGAAGCGCAGGACGUGAACCAGUGGCCAAUGUUCCACAAGAUCCCUAGAGUGAAGUGGGUACAGUUCGCGAAGAGUACGCACCUCGCGCAGUUCGAGGAACCGGAGCGGUACCUUGAGGUUGUGGGCGAGUUUCUGGAGGCGUAAGCAACGCGCGGUGGAAGGGCAAGUUCGAAUGGGCAUCAUUAACCGAGUACCUUCAAGUCAAGUAACUAAGCAGCCUAUGAUAGUAUGACCGGAAUGAAUAGGGAGAACGUACAGAUUU